GUCAAAAUAUUGUUGUUUGUGGUUCUGCGUUCGCGUUCAUAGCUUUUUGUUGUACUUACAGUAAUGUAAUUUUAAUAAGAUUUAAACAUGGUUAAAAAAUUGUAAUAUAUUUUAAGCCUUAGUGACUAAAACUUAAUUGAUUGAAAAUGAAAAUCGCUGUAGAAGGAUGCGCCCAUGGCGAAUUAGAUGUAAUAUAUGAUUGUAUUGAAACAAUACAGAGAAGAGACGGUAUAAAAAUCGACUUAUUGAUAUGUUGUGGUGACUUCCAAUCUGUUCGCAAUUAUGAAGAUCUUGGGACAAUGGCUGUACCAAAGAAAUACCAACAUAUGUGUUCUUUUUAUAAGUAUUACAGUGGUGAGAAAAGAGCACCGAUAUUAACACUGUUUAUUGGUGGGAAUCAUGAAGCAUCCAACUAUUUACAAGAGCUUCCCUACGGGGGUUGGGUGGCUCCUAACAUAUAUUACUUGGGCCGAGCUGGAGUUGUGAAGUUUGGAGAUAUAAGAAUAGGAGGAAUGUCUGGAAUAUACAAAUCACAGGACUACUUACAAGGACACUGGGAAUGUUUACCUUAUAAUCAAAGUUCUCUUAGAUCAGUUUAUCAUGUCAGGUCUCUAGAAGUGUUCAGAUUGAGUCAGCUGAGAGAUAAAAUCCAUGUUAUGUUAUCGCAUGACUGGCCAAGAGGUAUCACAGAUUAUGGGGAUACAGAAACAUUGUUAAGAUGGAAAGCUUUCUUCAGGGAAGAUAUAGAGUCUAAUCGAUUAGGCAGUGUCCCAGCUAUGCAAGUACUUCGCACUCUGAAGCCAGACUAUUGGUUUGCAGCACAUCUGCAUUGUCAAUACGCAGCCUUCGUUAAACAUGAAGAUAACACAGAGACAAAGUUCUUGGCUUUGGACAAAUGUUUGCCAAGGCGCAGGCAUUUGCAAAUAGUGGAUAUACCUUCAGAGUAUGAUGGAGAGUUGUGCCUAAGACAUGACGUGGAAUGGCUAGCAAUAUUGAGGAAUACUAAUCAUUUGCUGACUGUAAAGAAUAUGAAUUGUUACAUGCCUGGGCCUGGUGGACAUGGAAGGUUUGAUUUUUCACCUACUGACGUAGAGAAAGAAAAUGUAGUCAGAUUGCUUGGAAGCCUUGUUAUAAAGGAAGACAAUUUCGUGAGGACUGCUCCAAUUCACGAUCCAAAUGCUAGAAAAGUUGUUCCUACUGUACCAAUACUGAAUCCACAAACAGUAGCUCUGUGCGAAAAAUUGGGUAUUGAUGAUCCUGUACAGGUAGUAAUGGCGCGAUCUGGUCGCGCAAUGAAACAACCACAUGCCGAAACUACCAAAGAAGAGAUAAGGCCUACUAGUUCAAAAGAGAAUGUCUCUCAAGUUGUAUCUCAAAGUCCAUCUCAGACCCCUAUGAAAUCGUCAAGGCCAUCAUUAGUUCUCCCCGCACCAGUCACUCCCAGUAAUGAUAAAUCACUACAAGCGACAUCUCCAGAAACUAGUACGGUACCAGAUACUCCAGAAAGCACAAUGUUUUAUGAAUGUAAGACCCCCAUGUCUACAGGUCCUACUACGGUACCAGAUACUCCAGAAAGCACAAUGUUUUAUGAAUGUAAGACACCCAUGUCUACAGGUCCUACUACGGCACCAGAUACUCCAGAAAGCACAAUGUUUUAUGAAUGUAAGACACCCAUGUCUACAGGUCCUACUACGGUACCAGAUACUCCAGAAAGCACAAUGUUUUAUGAAUGUAAGACACCCAUGUCUACAGGUCCUACUACGGUACCAGAUACUCCAGAAAGCACAAUGUUUUAUGAAUGUAGGACCCCUAUGUCUACAGGUCCAAAGAAAACCUUUAAAAGACGUAACAUGUCUAUUUACAGCACUCCAGAUGUUGAUGAGAGUGUUAGCACUAAAUCUAGUUCUUCAUUAGAUGAUACUCCUCAAUCUAGUAAAUUACCUUACAAAGGGGAUGAUGCCAAUGAUACAUAAAUUUUAACCAUAUCUGAAGACGCUUCAUGCAGACAAAGCAUUCCUGGUGUUAUUUGCCCGGUGUGAAUCUACCUAGCAGUAUAAUUUCAGCUCAACUCUAUGUUAUAAUGUAUGUAGUGAAAAUGUAUGCGAAUUUAGGCGAAUAAUGAAGUGCAAUGUACUAGAAAUUUUAGAUAAGUUAUAAAAUUAGGGUUAAACAUGGAUUGAACUUUUUCUAUAGACUCUUCAUUUAGAUUUAAGCUAGAAUCAUGAUCAAGUCACAAGAUUGCAUAAAUGCCAGGCUAUUUCUUUAUUAUGUAACAAGACCAUUGUAUAGAAUAUAAUUGUGCAUUGUACAUAUCCUGAUCCUUUUUAAAAUAUACUAGCCGUUUUCCCGCGGUUUCAUCCGCGUCCCGUGGGAGCUACUG